UAACAGUGAGUCAACAUGAUCAGAAUUCUUAUCUCCAUCACCAUGGGUUACACAGCCUGGGCUGCAGGUUCUUCUCUCAGUAAGCAGGUUUACCAGAGUCCUGCAUAUCUGUACAAGAAACAGGGAAAGUCGGCUAAGAUGGAGUGUUCACAUAGUAUAUCAGGCUAUGAUCGCGUCCUCUGGUACAAGCAGUCCAACUACACAGAAUUUGUGUUUUUAGGAUACAUGCUUUUGAAAUCAGGGUAUCCCGAGGCUGGAUUUGAUAUAGAAGGAGAUGCUAAUGCAGGUGGUACCAGCACCUUAACCAUCACACAACUAACUCCAAAUAGCAGUGCUGUGUAUUACUGUGCUGCUAGUUUACACAGUGCAUCAGAUCUACCUCUCUGCUCUACAAAAACCUCCUCCCUGCUAGAAUCCUCUUGGUUUUCUGUCUGUGAGGAUGUGGUGUGCUCUGGUGCUUAUGCUGCCUACUUUGGAGAGGGAACUAAGCUAACAGUUCUGGAUCCAAACAUCAAAGUCACUGAACCCACAGUGAAAGUCCUAGCACCCUCCGCUAAGGAGUGUGAAGAUAGAAACAAGAAGAAGAAGAAGACCCUAGUGUGUGUAGCCACCCGCUUCUACCCCGACCACGUCACGGUCUUCUGGCAAAUCAACAAUGUCAACAGAACUGAAGGUGCCGGGACCGACAACAGGGCCUUGUGGGAUAAAGAUGGUUUAUACAGUAUCACCAGCAGACUGAGAGUCCCAGCCAAUGAAUGGCACAAACCAGAGAACAGAUUCACCUGCAUUGUCAGCUUUUACAAUGGGACUGACGAUAUAAAAGUGAAUGACACCAUUAGUGGAGAUCUCCAAGGUCAAAGUGGGGGAGAGAUAACGACAGAUUACUAUGUGAAGAGCACCCAGACUGCCAAGCUGGCCUACAGCAUCUUCAUCGCUAAGAGUACCUUCUAUGGCCUGGUCGUCAUGGUUAUGAUUUGGAAGUUCCAGGGCUCCUCAGAGAAACAGAUUUAACAGAAUACAAGCGGCCCAAGGAGGAUGUCCUGCAUGGGUGUUGAUUCUUCCAUGUGAUCAAGAACGGACUGGCAAAUGGGCAAUUCUGGCAAAUGCCAGAUGGACUGAUUCAUCUUUAGCCCAGUGGGCCUGUCUAAAUUGGCUUUUUUUUUUUUGCAAAAUAAUAAUAAUUUGUCUAGUAAAGAGGGUCUUAAAGAAAAACAUGGGCAGGUGUGUUAGAAAUGCCUGGGCCGGUUUCUGGUCCCAGUUUGCCCCUGCAUGUGAUUGUAUUGUCCAUUGUGCUUAUUGUUGCCAGUAUCUCUUUAUUGCCCCGUCAAUGUGAAGAUGUGCUUUUAAGAAUCUCCUACGAACAUGAACUUGCAAUUUAAAUGUAUAUUUGAAUAAAUUCAGCCAAAACAACCUUUCCAUUAA